CACAGAAUGCAUAGAUUCAAACAAACUACACGCAACGAUGGCAGCUCAAGUUCUCAACCUCGAGAAACUUAAGUUCUCGGGGAAAAGCGACCUUCAGAGACUUUUAGGUGCCCAUGCACUCCAAGCCUCGCUAAGUUCGUUCCAAAAUAAACUCCAAGUCAUUAAAUCCGAUCAAGACCAACUCUGUUCCGUGUCAUUAAAUGGCGCCCUGGAGCAUUUCCUUGGCUUAGUGAACUCUAUCUCCGAAUCCGAUACCAAUCUUCUCAACCUGGUUCACGAUGAAGCAUUUGACCCAAGACAACUUAUUGACGACUCGACAGAGGAGCUUAUUCGCCAAACAGAUCGGUUGGCGGAGCGUAUGAAAGUGACAGCAAACUCAUUUUCUCAACAGCUGGACAAGGUCAAAACCUUAGAUGCAGACAUUACUCGCUUCUCCGUUUCUGAGGUCGCUCGGUGUAAAACCGCCAUAGAGGAACUGAUUCAAAGCAUCAAGACUGAAAUCAACAAGAAGUCUAAUGAGAUUCACUUAGCCAACAUCGGCUAUGAGCAAACGCAAGGCAAGAUAUCUGACCUGAACGUAAGCAUUAGCAACGCUACGCGUCAAGAAUCUCACCACGAAACAGCUCGCAAUGCUGGAAUCGCUACAAGCGUUGUAGGAGGCGUCGCUGCCCUUGGUGCCAUAGGAUUGACCAUUGUCUUUCCUCCGGCUGGGAUCGCAGCAGCUUUUGCAGCCGGCGCAAGCGCUACUACUGCAAUAGGAGUCAGUACGGUCGCAGGUGUAGUUGCAUCUAAGCAUGAUGACGAUGUUGAUACUCAACGAGCAAGGAAAAAUCAAUUCCUUCAGAAGGCGGGGACUCAGCAAACAAAGCUCAAGCGCCUAGAAGCAGAGAAGCGGGAUGCGUUAGGGGCAUUGGACAACGGAAAUUCAUUGAUGAACUCAGCCUUGGAAGCCAACAAUCGUGUUGUUGAUCUCGGGUUCAGCUUUCGCACCGUGAGAACUGAGCUAUUUGCCGUAAGAGGCGUCUAUUCUCGUGUCCAGAACAGACUAAAAGAUUUGUCCCGAGAGCUGGAGAUGUGUGGGUUUGCAGAAACUCGUAAAGAGCUUGCAGAAUGCUUGGACGAGUUACUCGGGAGCCUUGUUGAUGAAUUUGGCGUUGACCGCAGCGAUAUGACCGUUUUACAGCUUCAAAAUGGUAUUGCCGGUUUGGUAUCACGUACAAACAUCAUUCAAGAAGCUUUGUCGGCGCAUGUGUAGGGCUGGUUAAAGCGUUCAGACUCAGUUGGAGGCUAAAAUGAAACUGCUCAAUUGUGCAAAACGGGAGAAGCCUGGACAGGCAUCAUAGUCUAUGUUUCUAAAUUUAUCCUCUUCAUUCUAGAUCUCAGAUCUUCGAUCCGCAAUAAUAUCUGCACUUAGU